AUGUUCGCUCAGCCAUUUGAUCAUUCGUUCAAUGACAUCUUCGACCAGUUUGUUAAUGUCGAGUCUUCGGGUCCCGAUGGCAACAAAGAUUCAUUCCCUGGUGACUUUGACCAGCUCUUCCCGCUAGACUCGCUGUCGAGUGACUGUGGCGAUCACUCCCCCACUGGCUCCACUUUGAAACGCCAUCAAUCGCCGCAACCUUGGAGCCAAGAAUGGUCCCUGCAGGACGACGGAGCUCAGUUCGCUUUUCAAGACACUGUCCACCCGUCUGCCAUUUCCGACCUUGAUUUCAAGACUACUUUUGAAACUUCUUCUCGCCCGACACAACCCCACGGUGUCUCUACUACUUCUCCAUCUACCCCACCGGCAACUCCCCGCCGCAAAGUUACCAAGAGCGCUCUCAUUACUCCCAAGUCCAUCCGCCAUCGCGACCCGAAUGAGCGUCGCGCACUUUUGCGCAAGCAGAGUUUCUCCCCCAGCUUGAUGCGUUCUUCCAACAUGCACAAGGGAAGAAUGGCAUACCCAGAGGCAUGGGCCCAACGGAUCCAGAACUUUACUCUGGCUGGCUCAGAUGAUCGCCUUCCUUUGUCUCCUCCACCUUCAGAUGUUCUGAUUCAGCAUGAGCACCUCUCCGCCGACAUGAUCCACCAAAGAGACUCGUCUGACAUGCAACAUCACUUUUACCAACGGUCUCCUGCAGUUUCGAUGCCAUCACCUUCGGCUGGUGCACUUGCACGACACCAGCAACAAUACAUGAACCACCCAGCCUCCUCGGCCUUGACCAACUCCAGCCCUCCUUCAGCGGAUGACAUCUUCUCCUCUUCCCACUCCUCAGAUCCUCAGUCUAUCUCCUCGUGGCAAUCCGAUAACAUUGGCACCUCCUCCCUCUCUUUCACUCCUGAUUUGCAAGCCCACGAUCAGGCCUGGUGGUCCCCUAUGCCCACUCGAGUCGCACAACAGCAGAACUCCUACCAGAAAAUGGUCCCCUCCCCUAUUCCCCAACGCGCAAUGCAGAGCGUUGGAUCACACAAUGAUAUGAUGCAAGGCGGACUGAUGAUCCAACUGGACGGGUCCUUUAUGCCGGGCGACUCUUCCUUCUCCAACGACAUGCUCUCCAACUCUCACAAAUUCAUGGCACCUGCCACUGCUCCUCAGGUUUCCAGCUCUCGUUCUCCCUCAUUAUCUCCCAAGGCUGGCGCUUCACCAAAGAAGGCCAAUCACCGCCGCACACACAGCCGCAAACUCUCAGGGCAGAGCAUGAAUGGCCCCAAGCCGGCCAAGACCACAAGUCCCCGAGGCGCUACCAAAUCUGCAAAUGUAUCAUUUGUCAACUUUACCGCACACGACAGCCAACGGAUCCUCGGCGGCGUUGCACCCUCUGGUAGCUCCAAGACGAAGGCCCGUCGGGAGCAAGAGGCUCGUGACAAGCGCCGUAAAUUGAGUGAAGCUGCUCUUCUGGCCGUCCGCAAUGCCGGUGGUGAUGUCGAAGCUCUCGAAGCAGCUUUCUGCUGA